UCGCUGCAAGAAGUUGAGCGGAAAAGCAGUAGAGCGCCAGAGCAGUACAGUGACAACCGUGGUAGCAGCAGCAGCAGAAAUUAUAUAUGACUUGUGCUGGCGCUAUUAUAUAGUAGAGGCGCAUAUAUUUUUGUUGUUUCGCUUUGUGUGCUGUUUGGUGAUACUUGGUCUAACGGUUAUGUAUAAUACACGCCAAAUUAUGCAAUAUACUUACUGCACGUGUGAAAAUCACUGAUUGGCGAAAAGUUUGUGAAAAAAAUUUAUAAAAAAGUGAGAAAAAUUUAAAAAGCGAAGAAAUUGUGUGUAAAAUUCUUGCUAGAAAAGUGUGUAUAAGAGGUGUGUGUGAAAAGUGGUGAAAAUGCUUUGGCAACGAUAAGCAGUGAAAAAAAUCGAAUUUCACAGCGCUCGUUUGGCCUUCGGCGCGUUGAAGGCGAGUGAAAACGCGUAAUACUGAUAGCAAGCGCAAAGAAUUGCAACAAAAUCUGCAAAGAGUUGUAAAAAGAAUUGCAAAGAGUUGAAAAUAAAAUAAAAAUUUCCCUAAAAGUCGCGAGUAAAAUUUGUUUUAUAGAAAAUUUUAAGCAAGCAAAGCAUCUGCCAGACUUUUCUUCAACGACCUCAAGCAGACAAUUGUCAUACAGGCAAAUUAUAAAAUCACAUUUUCGGGAGCAAUGAGCUGUUGUAUGGUUGUUAAAAGAAGACAAGGAAAAAAGAUAGUUCAACGCUAAAAUUUAGGAAACACUGCAAAAGAUCAAUAAGAAGACACUAGCCUGGAUAAAAAAGAUUGAGUAAUUGAUAAAAUUUUGCAAGAAAAAAAGCGAAAAAUAAAAAAGUUGAUGCAAACAUAAAGAAAUAUUUGUAGUUAUUGUACAUUGGUCUUCGUAAACCAUACUAAAAUUCGCGACACCGAAGAGGAUAACACUUGUUGCAACAACUCGGCUUACCUCAAAUAGAGGUAGACCAAUACGGACAGCGAAAAUACGCUAAAACCCAUAAACUUUAGUUAAAUAUGGCUCAAUACGGUGGUGGCGCACCAAACCCCUUCGGUGCUGGUGGCGGCUAUGAACAGCAGCCUAGCUAUGGCGGCGGUUAUGGACAACAGAUGGGCGGCUACGAACAAACUGGUGGAGGUUAUGAUCAAACAGGUGUAGGUUAUGAUCAAAGCGGUGCGGGUUACGAUCAAAGUGGUGGCUAUGGUAAUCAGGGCAUGGCUGGUAGUGCAGCUUAUGGUGGUGGCAUGCCGAAUGCCGGUGGAGUGCCACAACAGCCUUAUGGCAUGGCAGCACGUCCAAGGGUCGACGUAGAGGCUACUGGUGAAGUGGAUCCAACACUCUAUCCGGAAGCCAAAGAGUCAACGCACAAAAUACGCGGUCACUCUGAUAUUAUCGAAAUGCUUUUUGGGCCCACCGAACACGAACUCAUACCGGUGAAGGCCUUUUAUUUCUUCUUCUUUGCCGCUUUUGGUUCACUGUUUCCACUGAUGGGUGUCUACUUCAAACAGAUGGGUAUGAAUCCGGGGCAGUGCGGUAUAUUGAUUGGUAUGCGUCCAUUUGUGGAGUUCUUGUCGGCACCCUUCUGGGGUUCCUAUGCGGAUCGCUGCCGUCAAGGCAAAAAGUUGUUGCUGGCCUCACUCGCAUGUUGGGUGCUAUUUACUAUACCUUUGAGCUUCAUCAAACCGGAGGCUGUGAAUUGCAUCGAACGCAAGAAUGAAACCGAUUUCGUUUUGACUUUGACACGCACGAAGCGUGAUCUCUCCGCAUAUGACAUGAGCGACAUGAAUAAGGACGAUGUGGAGAGUUAUCAUUCUCAAGCGGCUUUACAUGACGCGUUAACAAUGCCAGCAAGCGAAGCGAUGGAGGAAUCGCAUAGAAGACGCAAACGUUCAUUGAUACCACGCAUUGAUGCCGGCAUCUCACCCAUACACAUCAACUUUGUCAGCAAUUACGAUGACAAACAGCAUCGUGACUAUGUUAGCCCCAUAUUCUCCUCGAUGGUUUAUCGCACACCCGACAUUCAAAAGGCUUUCUUCCUGCUCUUACUCGUCAUACUUAUUGGUGAGUUCUUCAGCGCUCCCGCCAUUACGCUCGCUGACUCAGCUGUCAUCACAUUGCUGGGCGACGAUGCUGAUAAGUAUGGUCAUCAGCGCAUGUUCGGCUCACUCGGCUGGGGUAUUUCUAUGUUCAUUGUCGGUAUUGUGCUCGAUCACUCGACACGUUUCUCGCAUCAUCCCUGCGGUGCCGGGCACAUGGAGAAGAACUAUAACAUCUGCUUUGCCAUCUUUUCGAUAUUGAUGACUUGCGCUAUUGUAUCGGCGUCGAAGAUCACUUUCAAAUAUGAUCCCAUCGACAUCGAACAGCCCGUUGAGAACCCGGAUGCCACCGCUAACAAACAGGCGGAGGAUGAGAGCAUGGCUGAGCUGGCUGCACAGCUGAAUUUGCCCACGUUGGCCAUGGGUAGUGGUACGGCGGCGGUCGGCAAGGCACCACCGGCCGCUGUGGGCGCACAGUCGACAAUGUUUGCACAGACGACUAAGGAAAUGCCCGAAUGGUUGACUGUGUUGACGCACUUCAAAGAUAUGAAAACUAUUUCGUUUCUAUUUGUCGCCUGGUUUAUGGGUUUCGGCAUUGGACUGAUAUUUACCUUCCUCUUUUGGCAUCUACAAGACUACGGCGGCACUCCAACGCUUUUCGGUGUUGCCUCUGUGAUUAAUCACGUAUCCGAGAUCUUUGCCUACUUCUACAGCUUUCGUUUCAUCACACAAAUCGGUCAUAUAAAGGUGUUAUGCCUGGGCUUAAUCGGCAAUGUGCUGCGAUUUUUGUACAUCUCAUAUGCGACCAAUCCGUGGAUGGUGUUACCGUUCGAGCUGAUGCAGGGCGUAACACAUGCUGCCGUAUGGGCCGCUUCCUGUUCGUACAUAGCGCACAGCACACCCAAACAUCUGAGAGCUUCAGCACAGGGCGUACUGCAGGGUAUACAUCAUGGUUUGGGACGCGGUUGCGGCGCCAUUAUUGGUGGCAUGUUUGUCACAUACUACGGCACUACGAAAACAUUCCGCGGUUAUGGCCUGGCUUGCCUCGUCGUCUUGGGUGUUUUCAUUUUCGUGAAUUUCUAUCGUAAAGAUCAGGGCUUCAUCUCGGAUUUGCCAGCAACGGAGGAUCCGCGUCAGGUAGCGGAAGAGACCUCACAUCUGGCGCCACAUGGUGUACCCAGUAAUCCAAUACCGCGUGCACUCUCCAAUGCACGUCUGAAUGAGAUGAAUCCAAAUGGUGGCACUGGCAAUAGUUACGGCACCUACCAGACUUCGGGCGGUAAUCUGGACAUACCUGGCGCUAAUCCACACAACCCAUUCGCGCAAUAAAUUGGACAAAGUAAAAUUUGGAUAAGACGGGAAAAUAGUUGAAUUGGCUGAAGUGUGAGCAUGGUGUAAGAGUGAGAGGAGAAUAUUUUUAGAUGAUUUUGCAUUUACAUAUGUCUGCGUAGAUCUUUUUUUGGUAUGAGUUUCAUGAACAGUUUUGAUCAGAUCUAUUUGUAUAGUUUAUACAUACAUACGUAAGUAUAUUGGUAGAAUAAUAUUGUUAACAAAUCUAAUCGUAUAAUUAAUAAGAGACCGUAUUUGUAGUGGAGGGCGAUUACCUGGUUAUUAUUAUUCAACUAUUAUAAUUACUUCUUGCAUUAGGUUUUAAGUAAAAAAUUUCGUAUUAUCAAUAACAGUGUUACUAAACUUAUUAAUAUUUUGAUUACCAUUACUUUAUUGGUAUACAUAAAUUACCAGUACCAAUACCAAUGUACAAUCAAUUAAUGUAAUCAUUAUCCUUACCAUUUUCAUAAUUUUUCAUACUAUUAUUACAAUUUUUGGAAUGCCAUACAAUUACUUUUAACUAUUUAUUUUUAUUAAAACCAAUAUUCUCCUUAGGUAAAGUAUUGUUAAUCUGGUAAUGAUUACUAUUACCACCAUUACCGUUUGAUUACACCAAUUUAUUAUUUUUAUAUAAAAAACAUUACCAAUAAAGGUAUAAUUGCAAUUACACUACAUAUAAUUAUUUUUGCAUUACUGCGCAGCAAUGUACAUAUUUUUUAAUUAUUUAUUUUUGAUUAAAACUUUUACUAAGUAAAGUAUUAUUAUUAUAAUCAUUAACACUGCAUUGCACGAACUUACUAUCAUUAUUAUUAGUUCAAGACUAUUACCAGUAAUAUGUAUAAUUAAAAUUACAUUACAUAUAAUUAUUUCUUCAUUACUGUUCACUAACGUACUAUUUUAACUACUGAUGUUUUUUUUUUAAAACAGGUUUCUUACAAAAGCAAAGUAUUGCUAAUCUUGUAAUGAUUACUUUUAUAAUUACUACCAAUACUAUUGGAUUACACCAAUUUAUUAUCAUUAUUAUUGGUUCAAGACUAUUACCAAAUUAUUUAUAAUUAAAAUUACAUUACAUGUAACUAGUUUUUCAUUACAGCUGUAUUUAUUGAAGUAUUUUUGUCUGGCAACGGUUACUAUUACCACCGCAUUCUACCAAUUUAUUAUUAUUAGUUCCAAACCAUUAUCAGUACAUGUAUAAUUAAAAUUACAUUACAAUUACAUUACACAUAAUUACUUUUUCAUUACUGUUCAGUAUUGUAGAUAUUAUGUAAAAUAUUUUGUUUUAGUAAAACCAGUAUUCUUACACAAGUAGUGUAUUGCUAGUCCGGUAAUGAUUACUAUAACAUUGCAACCAUUACCACUGCAUUACACCAAUUUUGUGUUAUUAUUAUUAGUUCCAAACCAUUACCAUUACAUGUAUAAUUAUAAUCACAGUACAUUUAAUUACUUUUCCAUUACAGCUCAGUAUUGUAGAAAUUUUGAAAAAAUUUUAUUUUUAUUAAAACCAGUAUUCUUACAAAUGUAAUCAUUACAUUGUUUAAUUAUAAUUACAUUACAAAUAAUUAAUUUUUCAUUACUGCUCAGUAUUGUAAUCAUUUUGCAAAACUUUUAUUUUUGUUAAAACUAGUCAUCCUACAAAAGUAAUCAUUACCAAUACUAAUCUGGUAAUGAUUACCAUUACUAGUCUGGUAAUCAUUACUAUCAAUUUCUAAAUAUUUUAUAAAUUUUCGCUCUCUGCUAUUUCUUAAGUGUUACAUAUAAAAACUAACUGUCCUUUCGUUACACCGUUAGUUAAUUAAGUGAGCGGAAACGCAACACAAAAAUAGCUGUAUUAUAUUUACUAGCAAAUUUUACAUUUCAUUAAAAAAAAGUUAGCAAAAUACAAUUCUAGAUGUGUUUAUUAUAAUUACAACUUUAUUGAACUGUUCAGAAAUAUAUUAAUAUGAAAAACUAUAAACUUUAGAUAUGAAAUGAGUUAAACGAAAAUACUACAUAUUUGAAGAGUAAGAUAUAAAAAAAAAAUAAAAUAAAUAAACGACAAAAGCAUAAAAAAACACUAAAAAAUAUUAAACAUAAAAUUGUGUAAUUAAACAAAGAGAACGCAAACAUGGUAAUGAAAAACAAUCAACUUGAAUGUGCAGCAAUACAAUAGCAACAAAAACCAGCUCAGUGUAGAAUUUGUAACGAAUAGAAAGUAGAAAAGAAAUACGAAAAAUAUACAAAAACAAACAAGCAUACAGUUGUAAAGGGAAAUGAAAAGUGAAUACGAAAAAAAUAUUACAGUAAACAUAUCUUGGAGGGCGGCCUGCAUUAGCAAAAAAAAAUUAUAUAUUUUUUGUUGUAAUGCUAAGUAAUUGGCGACAUAGAAAUUUUAUAAAACUCACAAAAAAUAAUUAUUGAAAUUAUUUACCGCGUUUUAUUGCAUGUUUAAGCAAUUUUAUUCAUUUUCAAUGCGACUCUGUGUGAGAUUUCCUGAUGAUAUAUUUUUUGCACACACCUAAGCUACAAAGAAAUGUUAAAAUAUAUAUUUUUAAAUACACAGCAGUAGUGUAGACGCAGUUAAUAUUAUACUAUAUAUAUAUUUGCACAUAAGUACAUGCUGGCAUUUACAUACAUACAUAUAUAAAGUAAUUAAAAAUCUCAAGAUUAUAUAAAAUUAAUACAAGUACAUAAGUAAGGGCGCAGCAAAAUGACAUUGAAGAGUGCCGAGGAAAAAUGAGGUAAUGACAACUAUGAAUAACGGUAAAUUGUUGAGCUGACACUGGCACUCAAAAUGUAAUUAAGUAAAGUGACUGGCUAAUUACCAAUAAAUAGCCAAAUACAGCUAUGAAUUACAUGAGAAAUUACUAUAAUUUAUUUUAAAUUAUUCUAUUAAACUUAAAACUGUGGCAACAUGGCAUGCUGAAGGUAAUAUUUUGUUGCAAUAAAACUCAGGAAUUGAUAAAAAUCUUAAAGAUUGUAAAUUAGAUUUAUUUUAAAAAUUUUGAUUACAAUUAUUUAAUAGCAAAAUGCUUUUUUGAUAAUUUAUUUCUCGAUUUAAUUAGUUUAAUUAUUUUAAUAAAAUAUUGUUGUUAUGUCAUCAAUUAUAUUAAUUUUUAGUAAAUAAUUAUAACGUAACUAGCAAAACAAGCGAAAAAUGGCGUAAGAAAAAGUUGCGUGAAAUCUCCACUGCUUUAACAGUGUAAGCUCCACCAGGAAUUUUAAUUUUUACUGAAAGCUUUAUCAAAAGCUUGCUAGGUAGGGUGAAGCAUAUUGUAUGAAGAAUGUACAUAAGAUACAUAAGAAGUGCUAAAUAAGCAAAGCUUUAUGAAAAGUUAUAACUAAGUUGCUCUUUUGAUUGAACAGCGAAAGCUCCGUUUGGAAGUUUAAUUUAAAGUGUAAGCGCAUCAAAGAUUUUGUUAGACAGAGCAAAUAUAUUGUAUGUAGAAACACUAAAUACCAAAUUAGAAGUAAAAGCUCGGUGAAAGUAUUCAGACAUGAACGAAGAUAUGACAGUGACGGUUAAAAGUAAAAAUUUAAAGUGAAAGCUUUAAAUUUUAUGUCACUAAUUUCCGUGUAGCGAGGCAUAUUGUAUGAAGAAUGUGCGUAAGAAAUGCUAAAUAAGCAAAGCUUCAUAAAAGUUGUAACCAAGUUGCUCUUCUGACUUAACAGUGAAUGCUUCACUUGGAAUUCUAUUUUUAGGUGAAAGCUUAACAAAUUUUUGUUAGGCGGAGUAAAUAAAUUGUAUGCAAAAACGGUAAACACCAAAUUACAAGUGAAAGCUCGGUGAAAGUAUAUCUUUGAAUACGAAGAUAUAGCAGUGACGACUAAAACUACAAAUUUUAAAGUGAAAGCUUUAAUCUUUAUGUCACUAAUUUGUAUGGAAAACAUUUAUUUUUCAACAAUAUAAAAAAAAACAGCAAUUAUAAGAAGACUUUUCAAAUUCAUAGGAGCUUUCAUGAAAGCUUCAGAAAGGAAGUGGCAAUAGAAAGUAUUUUGGUUCAUAAAAAUGAACGAAGAUGUAACAGUGAUGGUUAAAAAUAAAAUUUUUAAAGUGAAAGCUUUAAUUUUUAUGUCACUAAUUUAGAUGAAUUAUGUCACUAAUUUGAAUCGAAAAAUUAUUUAUUACUUUUUUUAUAUUUUUUUUUAACAAUAAAAUAAAGAAACAGCAAAUGUAAGAAGUAAAUUUUAUGCAAAAAUGCUAAAUACCAAAUUCCAAGUGAAAGCUCAAAAAACUGAAGCAUUCAAAAAUGAAGGAAGAUAGAACAGUGACGGUUUAAAAUAAAAACUAUCAAGAGAAAGCUUUAAUCUUUACCAGCAAAUGUUAAACGAGUUUUCAAAUUCAUGGGAGCUUUCAUGAAAGCUUAAGAAAGGUGGUAGUUAGUAGUAGAAGGCAUUGUAGUUAGCUACUAGAGUUUAACACGGUGACGGUUAAAAGUAGAAUUAUUAAGUGAAAGCUUUAAACUUUAACAGCAAAUGAGAAGAAAAGUUUUCAAAUUCAUGUGAGCUUUCAUGAAAGCUUAUGAAAGUAGAGUUCAUCACACGAAAUGAAACGCGAUUUUAAGUUUCCAUGAAGUCAUGAAAGCUUCAAUAAAGCUCUUAAAAUGCAAAAUGAAAGCUCAAUGUAUUUUUGGUGAGAAUGAUGUAUAAAUAAUAAAUAAAUAUAUAUGCGCUAGCGGAAGAAGUGAACAAAAUGUAGCGUGCACGUGUACUUGUAUGCACAUACAUACGUCAUAUAUUGAAAUUUUUUUGGUUGCAAUGCUUUUUUCACAUCACAAUCAUAUCAUUUUAGCAAUAAAGUAAAUAUACAGCUAUGUUGCAAGACAAAGUGUUUAAAUGUUGCAAACAAAUAAAUAUGUACGUAGCUAAAGAAAUGUGUAAGGUAUAAAGAAGAGUAAAACAAAGUUAAGUAUACCGUUAAAAUAUUGAAUUGGAAUAAAUCAUAUGCAAGAAAAUCAAUGAGAAGCAGCAGUAAUAUACCUAAAUGUUGUACCUUGGUAAAAAUACAAAAAAAAAAAUAAAAAUAAUUAAACAAAUUAAAAAACAUAAAGUAAAAAAAUUAAAAUUAAAAUAAAAAGUUAUAAGAAUUGAAAAAGUGUAUUGUUUAAUAUUACUAAUAGUUUUGGAAGACAGCUGAUUUUGAAAGUUUUUUGGAAAAAAUAAUUGGCUGACGGCAAAAAAUCUUUAAAAUUUAUUUAUUGCUAAUUUUUAAGAUAACAACAAAAAAUGUAGAACACUUUUGAACGAAUGAUAUUAUUGAAAUCCGCCUCAUUGAUCAAUCAAUCGCUACAUACAUAAGUUAUAUACAAAACUACACUGAAAAAAAUUAGCGAAAAUACAAGAAAUUAUUUAGAACAAGCAUAUAUAUAUACACAUAUACAUUUAUAGCGAUAAAAAAAUAAAGAAAUAACUGUGCUGUAGUUGUAAAUAUGGCAAAAUAGCUGGGCGAAGGCAUGAGAAAGGAAUAGAGACAAGAAUUUAAUUUUGAGUUAUGAGUUCACUUUGAGUUUUGUGGCACUUUUAGUUGUUUGCUGUGAGAGAGAGGCAGAUGUAGGCAUAUCCAGUAAGAGAGUAAGAGAACGGGCAAGAUGUUGUGUAAAAAGAUUAAAAAAGAGUAAGUGAAAGAGAAUAGUAAACAGCUGUUAUGGAAAAUAUUUUUUUUUUUAUUUUUAGUUGAUUUUUACAGCUGGUCAGUCAGUCUAAAAUAAAUAGAAAUAGACAAAAAAUAUAUAGAUAAUGUACCUAAAAGCUUAAAACAUAAGUAAAUGUACUGGAAUGAAUAAAAGCAGGCAUUGCAAAGUUAAGCUUAUGAACCGAUUGAUAUUACUGAACUACACCAUAUAUUAGAGACAAAAAACACAGAUAUGUAUGUAUAAUAAUGUCAAAAUAAAA